AUCCCAACAAAAUGGCUUUCUUAGGCAAGGAGUACAAACAAGUAAAAGACGAGAACUUCGAAGCGUUCCUAAAAGCUGUCGGUGUACCCGAUGCAGAAGUAGCCAAAUUAGCUCAGUACAAGCCUACCUCGAAACUGGAGAAGGAAGGUGACACUUACGUGUAUACCACCACCACUCCAACGAAGACGAAGGUCGUGAAAUUCACCCCUGGAGUGGAACAGGACGAGGAGAUCAGAGAAGGACUUGUUGUUAAGUCUACAUACACCAUCGAUGGCAAUGUGUUAACACAAGUCAUCAAACAUGACGACAAAGUGAGCACAUUUAAGCGGGAAUUCAACGGUGACCAACUUGUAGUCACCAUCACCGCUAACUUCUGGGACGGCGUUUGUCACAGAUACUACAAAGCCUAAUUUAAAUUAACUUAGAUGUAAAACAAAAUUGUAAAUUAUUUAUUUUUUAAUACAUUUCGAUUAUAAAGAAAUAA